UACACAGGAAGUAAAAUCCCUCUGAGUCAGGCGACCAGGCUGUUAUUUGCCAAUUUACCGGCGUGUAUCGUCAAAUAAAGACUCGGUAUCGUUUUGAAUCGUAUUGUAUGCUUUAUUCAACAUGCUGAUUAAAGUCAAGACGCUCACCGGCAAAGAGAUAGAGAUUGAUAUUGAGCCCACAGACAAGGUGGAGCGGAUCAAAGAAAGGGUGGAGGAGAAAGAGGGGAUCCCACCUCAGCAGCAAAGACUCAUCUACAGUGGAAAACAGAUGAAUGAUGAGAAGACGGCGGCAGACUACAAGAUCCAGGGAGGUUCGGUGCUUCAUCUGGUGCUGGCGCUACGAGGAGGACUAAUGCCCCACAGUCCCUGCGUACACCUCGCCUCCUAGUCGCUAGUCGCCGUGCCAGCCGAGUGCCAACUCUUCAAGGGUGGCUGUCACUGUCCCUCCAUGUUACAGCACAGAGAUCUGAAGUCCCCCCGCGCCCGGUCUGAAGCAAACCAAACACCACACCCAACAGAAAAGGACUUUCUGCUAAUUCCUUUGUAGAUGUUUUUGUAACCCACCUUUGCUUUUUUUUUUUUUUUUUUGAGUUUCACCAGUAGAUGUGGGCGCCCAGCCAUUACAAGAGAGCAAGUUUGAGAACACUGUGGUUGAUUUGCUUGUGAAUAAACGGUGAAAUUGG